AUGAGAGCCGGCGCCGGCGCCCGGGUGUUACAGCCGGCGUUCUCUACGUCAGCCACCGCUCUGAAGAGAGAAAGAAGGCGGUGUCCUGCGGAGAGAGCCGCUCCCUCCACUGCCCGAAGGGAGCGCGUCGCCUCAGCCGCUCGAAAGCAGGAAAUGGGCGGCAAAAGCGCAGUCAGACACCAACUGGUUCUGGACUGCCCCCGAGAGGCAGCGAGCAGCGCUCCCGCGCUUCGCCCGCUAGGAGCUGCCGCCACGUCCCGAGCUGCGCCGCUCGCGCCCCUCCCUGCUCCGAGCCCCCGGUGGGGGCUGGGCUGCGGCCGAGUCCGGCACCCGCGCCCCCACCCGCGCCGCGCUGUCGAACCCGCCGCCGGCCCGCUCUCGGCGCCGAUAAUCGCCGGGGUGCAUCCAGCAGAGGCUGCCGCCGGCUCCGCCAAACAGCAGCCAAGGCAUAGCCGGGAAGUCCCCAGGCCACCCGUUCCCCAGCACCCUUCGGGGAAUUCCCGUUCAGCGCUACAGGAGGCGAAAACGGAACAAACGAAAACCCCUUAACAGUGAAACCGGGCCGGGCGAUGGCCCGGGUGGCGACAGCGACGACUCGACGCGUGCGGACACAAGACCCGUCUCGCGCUCCGCUGCUCCUGUGCGUCCGGACGAACCUUAGAGAUCACUUAAGGAAGCUCGCGCGCUACUCCUCACCACGUGACCGCCCCACCAGGCCGCCCCCCGCGCCGCCAUCUUACAUCCGGGAGAGAGGCGGCGUCCCCUUUCCCCGCCUUGGCAGGCUUCGACGUGCCACCAGAAAUCAGCCUUGAAAGAGGGGACCCCGAUUGCACGUCACCGGAGUGCUGAGGCAGCGGGUGAUGCCCUCCAUCGGCUCAGCGGGUGAAAGUGGAGUACCAAACUUUUUUCGGCCUUUGCCCGCAAAGAAGAUGGCGGCGCAUACCGCCGCCUAAGCGGACACGUUGUACCCUGGCCGUGGUUUGAAGUUUCCGGCACCUCCUUUCCCAACCAGCAAGGACACAACCAUACGAGCCCCACCCACGCGGGGUGGCCGCCGUGCUACAUUCCGCAGAAAACAGGCGGGAAAGCUGCGGCACAGCUCGCUUUAAACGCAAGCUUUUGGGACUUCUGGUUUUGGCUUUUCCUUUUUAAGCCAAGUUAGGGAGAAGGCUGGCUGCCAUGGAGCCACUUCUGCUUUUGGCCCAGACAACUUACGGGAUUUUUUUUUUCCUCCCAUUUAGAGAUUUUUUUGUAGGAGGUUAACAAAUUAUUUUAAAGAAGUUAGGGCUUGUCAGAUAAAAUACAGGACGCUCAGUUAAAUUGGAAUUUCAAAUAACCAGUGUUUUGGCAUAUGUGUGUUACAUAUAUUUUUAAAAUUGUUUAUCUGAUAUUCCAAUUUAACUGCACAUUCUCAAUUUUUAAUGACUAUAUCUGGCAACCCUAUCAGCCUUACCCCUGAAAAUCCAGACUGCUUAUGACAAAAGUAAGGAAUGGAGGGAAAUGAAAAGCAUGUUUACCUACAACUUAGAAUUGUCUUUGCCCAGACUUUGAUCCUUCAUGGAGGCCAGAGGGCCGUGGUCUAGAACAAAAUUACAAAAUUUGGCAGCAACUCAUAAAGAUAUCCUUGUAUAAUUCCCUUUCUGGCAAAGUAAGAUUUUUUUUUUUUUUUUUUUCUGAAGCUAUCACGAUGUAAUUUUGGACAACAGAUCCUCUUGGCCAAGAGUUUAAUUGCAAAUUAAAAAUUAAAUAACUGGC